AUGCAAACCACUAGUCCUGAUACUCUGGUCUCUGCUACCCUACUGGUGUGUGCACAUCGUAUUCACGAAGCAAUUGAAUUACUGUUAAGUUAUGACAAAGUUAAAGAAGCUUUAAUUCUGGCUCAUUUACGUUUAGAAUCAUCAUCGGAAGCUGUAAUAUACACAGAAAAGUGUAUAAAACGGUUAAUUGAUCGUUCACGUUCAGCUGAAAAGUCAUUCUUUUCAAUUAUAUUGAAUAUUGGAAAUAAACGAUGGAUAAAUGCUACGAAUAUGGUACAUCGUGAAGCUGGAAUUUGUAAAAUACGACGUGGUAAAGAGAUUGAACAACUUGCUUGGUGUUGGAUUGGUAUUAAUCUUCUUCUAAAUGCAUCAUCAUCAUCAUUAUCAUCAUCUUCAAAUGAUGAUGAUUAUUUGUCAAAUGAAUGUCUGCGUUUAUCAUCAAUGUGUUUAACUGUUAGUUUUCGGCUAUUUCCAAAAGAACCGCUGUUUCUUAAUCGUUGGUAUGAAGCAUUUUCACGCCUUCUUUCAUCGUCAUCAUCAGAAAGUACACCACCAUGUCUGGGUGUGGUAUGCAGUUUAAUGUUAUUAAAUAUCGGUCAGAUUGUACAUUUCUAUAUGGCUAGAUAUGAGGAAGAGAAAGAGAAGGAAGAGGAGGCGGCGGCGAUGGUGGUGAAUGGUGAAGAAAAAGAGGGGAUGGUCUACGAAUGUCUUAAAAAUGAUUGGAUGAAAAGCAUAACUAGUGAUUGUUUAACAUACUUCAGCCAGUUGAUUGCAGAUCGUCAACCCUCUUCACUAUGGGAAGUUUGUUUAACUCAUUUCUGUAUAGAUUUUCUAUUAUUCUAUUUAAUACACAAUCAUUGUACACUGAAUAAAGUGGUGCAGCUGGAUACUCUAACCGCUUAUAUUGAUCGAUACGAGGCUAGUCGAAAGUCUUGUGAGUAUAUGAAACCAAAAGUGACAAGUUAUUUAAUUAGAGACUUAUUUUCAACUUAUAGACAGAUUUUGAUAACUAAUGGUUUGAAUACAGACUCUGAGCAAUGUUGUAAUGGUACCUUCAAUGGAUCCAUAGAAAAAUAA